AUGGUCCGGGCUCCGGCCCCCUCCCGGCCGGCGCGGCGCGGCUGGCCUCCCGGCGGUCCACCCCUUCCGGGGGGACGUCACCGGCCCGCCCAGCAACGGCCCCGCCCGGCGGAAGUGGGCGCCGCGGCUUCCGUCCAGGAGGGCGGCGGCCGGCGUCCUGCCCCGCCCCGGGCGGCGCGGCUGCCGGGGUCGGACCCACUCCGGGCCGCCAAACGCAGCUCACCCGCGGCUCCCGACGCCGAGCGCGCAGACCCAGCCCCGCUAGUUGCUGGCCCGUCCGGUCGGGCGGCCGUCGACGCAAGCGCCCUGGCGUGGGGCCCGGGAGUGCAGACCCCGGCGCGGGGUCCUGGGGCUAGCCGGCGGCUUCUGGCGCUGCCGCUGCUCCUGCUCUUGCUGCCGCUGCCCACGGGCGCCUGGUACAAGCACGUGGCGAGUCCGCGCUACCACACGGUGGGCCGCGCGGCCGGCCUGCUCAUGGGGCUGCGCCGCUCGCCCUACGUGUGGCGCCGCGCGCUGCCCGCGGCCACCAGGACCCCGGCUUGGGACGCGCUCGUCCCGGGGCCCGCCGCGCGCAAUGCUCUUCUGCUUUCUCCGGGGCUUCGGGAGCGGCGGGAGGUGCCACGCUGGAGCUCCGCGGCUGCGCGCCCCGUCCAUGCGCUCCGCAGCCCGUCCGCCCCGGAGGAGUUGCUGCUGGAGCCCCGUUCAGCGGAGCCCGCCAGACUCAUCGGAGAGACGCCUCCCGCCCCGCCACGGUGGUACCUGCAGCGAAGACCCCUCGCCGGCCCCCGCCUGACCCCCAGACAGCCCUGAGCUCACCCGUCCCCUUGGCUCCCGCGUGCCCGCAGCGCCGGCCCCGCAGGGCUGUGCGGUCAAUAAAAUCCGCCUGUGUC